CUUUUAGCGCACGUGGACGAGUGUGAAGGACAGAACAGAACGUAAAGGAACAUCCAGGAUUCAUCAAGCUCUCAACCAAUACUGUAGGACAGAUCCCCACCCAAGCUGGCGCGCGUCCAUGUCCACCUGGAGGGAGCGUCGACGCAAGGAUGUUGGACGUUCUGUACGAGUGGUUCUGGUGGGACAGAAUAUGGCUGCCGGGGAACCUGACCUGGUCGGACCUGGAGGACAAAGAGGGGCGGGUCUACGCCAAAGCCUCGCACCUUUACGUCGUGGUCCCCUACGCCUUCGCCUUCCUGUUUGUCAGACACAUCUUUGAGAGGUGGGUCGCCACGCCAUUGGCGGCCCGUGCGGGCAUCAAGUCGAGGGUCAACCUCAAACCGGACGACAACGCCGUCCUCAAACUUUACUACGCCACUCGCAGCAGGAAUCCCGCUCAGGCCGACCUGGACGGGUUGUCCAAGAAAAGCUGUCUGUCCGUGAGACAAGUGGAGCGCUGGUUCAGGAGGCGACGCGCUCAGGACCGACCCGGGGUUCUGAAGAAGUUCACCGAGGCCAGCUGGCGCUUCACCUUCUACCUGGCCUCGUCCGUGGGGGGACUGCUCGCUCUUUACGAGAAGGAAUGGUUCUCUGACACCAGACACGUGUGGACAGCUUUCCCCAAGCAGUCCCUGCUGGACUCUCAGUACUGGUACUACAUCCUGGAGAUGAGCUUCUACGUCUCCCUGCUCUUCAGCGUCUUCUCCGAUGUCAAGAGGAAGGACUUCAAGGAGCAGAUGGUCCACCACGCCGCCACCCUGGUGCUCAUGUCCUUCUCCUGGUGCGUCAACUACAUCCGUGUGGGAACGCUGGUCCUGUUGGUCCACGACGCCUCCGACGUCUUGUUGGAGUCGGCCAAACUGCUGAAUUACGCCAAAAUGGAGAAAAGCUGCCAACUCGUUUUUGUACUUUUUGCUCUCGUCUUCAUCAUCACACGUCUCGUCAUCUUCCCCUUCUGGCUGAUUCACUGCACGUGGGUGUACCCUCUCCACCAUUACCCCGCCUUCUUCGGCUACUACUUCUUCAACGCCAUGCUCCUCCUCCUCCUCGGCCUGCACGUCUUCUGGGCCAUCCUCAUCCUCGCCAUGGUCAGGAAGUUCAUCUUCGGCACCCUGACCAGGGACGAGAGGAGCGACCACGAGGAUGAGGAGGAGGAAGAGAGCUGCCUGACUGAUGAUGACGUUGUUGCAAAAAACAACAACGGCUGCCUGGACUGUUUGGCCUCUGACAACGUCUGCCACUACAAGACGGUGCACUGAGGCGCCCCCUAGUGGUGAUGCUACACAACGACAAGACUCCUUGAAGGCACUUUCACAACAUUGUGGGAAACGUAGGCGGCUCGGCAUUUUUCCUCCUUGGCAGGACACUGAAACAUUUAAUAUUAGUCUUUUUUAAUGAGAAGUGAGCUAAAUUAUUAUCAGCUUUAUGACGUUCAUCUUCAUCCUCUCUUUCUUUCAUUUUAAGUGGUCCUAAACAUUCAAGACGUCUUCACUAGUCUAGCAACUUCUUCUGUUUUCACCGUGUCCACUUUCUCUGCCACUUCCUGUCCCCGCCAAAACCGCGUCCUUAUUAGUAAAGCGACAAAAAAAAACCACAAUCAAGUUGUAAUAAACCUUCAUCAUGUUAUCAUAACAACCGAACUGCAAUUUUUAAAAGUACUUUUAAUACAUCAUGUCUUUAUACACACUUGAAGACUCAAACAUAACAAUGAUAUUUUCCCCUAAUUAUUGCCUGCUUAGCAACGCACCAAAAGUAUGGAGGUUAAUUUGUGUCUUUAUUACAAAAGCUUUUUUUUGGACACUGAAUAUAUAUAACUUAAUCAAAAUAUGCUGACAUGCACCUAAUAAAAAAGUGUGCAAAAAUUGUGUCAGGUUCAAACACUGACACAAUCUAUUAAACAAGACAAGAAGCAAGGAAUUAAACAGAGACAGAAUUAAAUUUGGCUCAAUUGAGGAGAAACGCGUAGACACUGUACCCUUGUACGGUGUCGUCCCACGCUCUGACGAAAGAUUGUACGCCUCCUCUUUUAUUUGGACUUUCCCUGAUUACAUGGCAACAGCUGUUUCUAAAGGGACGAGGGUCGUAAACAGCCGCCGCCUUUGAUUACAAAACAGUUCAAAGAAAAGGUUUGUUCAAAGAAAAGAUCGUAAACAGAAAAGGUGCCUGGAGGGGAGUCAGGUCCUGCUUCCUCUCCGCUUUGUAGAUCUCGGGUCAAGACAAAAUCUUCCUGCGGAUUACAAUACAUCAAAGAAACCCACACCAUCAGGUCGCUUCCCAUCGUACACAGUGGAGUUUUACAAGCCUUUUGAUUGGUAGGAUCAAAGACAGCUUUUGUCCUCUCGCCGGGAACUCAUGGCAACGCAAAGUUUUGUGAUAACUUAGAUACAAUUAUUCUGACAAAUUGUGUUUAAGUUGAAAAGUUAAAGUACCAAUGAUUGUUGCAAAAACACUGGGUGUGGUGAAAUUAUCCCUUGUUCCACCGGGAAUCAUUUUUGGUGAUUUAACCCCCAAUUCCAACCCUUGAUGCAGAGUGUCAAGCAGG